UUUAAUAAAAAAUUGUCAUCGUUAUUACCAUUAUCAUCAUCAUCAUCAUCACUUUCCGCCGAUCAUACUAAUAAAAAAAUGAAAAAUCCUAAUAAAUCGUCGAAAAAAAAUCAUAAUAAUAGAAAAGAUAAUCUUAACUAUUUAAAUAAUAAUAAAAAUAAUGACAAAAAAUUUACAAAUUCUUCUAAACCAAUUAAUAAUGGAUUAAAGAAAAAACAACAAUUUCAACAACAGCAAAAGAAAACUAAAGGUCAACGACAAAAGAUGAACAAAAAUGCACUUCGUCUGUUGUCUGGUGUACAAGAUAUUAAUGAAAAUGGUGGUCAAUUUCCACCUCUUUUUAAUAUUGCUCCAAGAGCCAACAUUGUUGUAAAUGCUACAUGCGGACAAAAUGGUAUCGAAGAAUAUUGUAAAUUAUUUGAAGCAAAUAAAUCACAUAAUAAAAUUGAUAAAUUAUCAUGGGAAAUAAAAUGUGAUAAAUGUUAUGAUUUGAAGACAUUAAAUGAUAAGAAUGAAAGAAUAAUUCAAAAUCAUUCAAUUGAAAAUGUUAAAAAUAAUGGAAAUUCAAUGGAAAAUGGUUGGUGGCAAAGUCCAACAUUAUUAAAUGGCUAUGAAUAUGAAUACGUCACUAUCACUAUUGAUUUGAAACAGGUUUUUCAAAUUUUUUUCAUAAUGAUGAAAGCUGCAAAUUCUCCUAGACCAGCAUCAUGGAUUCUUGAAAAAUCUUUUGAUAAUAUUACAUAUGAACCAUGGCAAUAUUUUGGCCUUAAUGAUUUAGAUUGUAAACGUCGUUAUAAUAUGUCUGGACAAACUGGAAAAUAUAUUUUUAACACGGAUAAAGAAAUAAUUUGUACAACACAAUAUGCAAAAGACCAUCCACUUGAGAAUGGUGAAAUUCAUGUUUCACUUUUGAAAAACCGUCCUGGUGCAAUACUGCAAUCAUCAGAAUUACUAGAAUUUAUUUCAACCAGAUAUAUUCGAAUUAGAUUUCAAGGAAUGCAUUCAGUAGCAAAUCUAGACAAUAGUGUUUUAGAUUCAGAAUCGUUACUGAAAAGGAGUUUUUAUUCUUUGAAACAAAUACGUAUUAGUGGGCGAUUAAACUGUCAUGGUCAUGCUAAUAAAACAGUAGAAUUGAAAGCUGGUGAAGAUGAAAUAGACAAUGAUGGUAACUCUAUACUCCAAUGCUUAUGUACACAUAAUACUUGCGGAAAAGAUUGCAGUCAUUGCUGUUCACUUUAUAAUGCAAAACCUUUUAAAAUUGGUACAUUUCGCGAAGAUAAUACUUGUGAACGUUGCGAAUGUAACGGACAUGCAAAAGAUUGCAAAUAUGAUGAAAAUUUCGGUGCAAUCUGUUUAAAUUGUGAUAAUAAUACAGCGGGCUCGCAAUGUGAAACUUGCAAACCUGGUUUUUAUAGGAUGAAAGCAUCAAACUUAACUACUGGUUGUAUUCCAUGCAAAUGUAAUAACAUUGGAGCUAAUUGUGAUCCAAAUACCGGAGUUUGUCUUUGUAAGGAAGGUUUCACUGGUAGUCAUUGUGAAUUCUGUUCUACUGGAUAUUAUGGUGAAUAUUGUUUACAAUGUGUAUGUGACAAGCGUGGUACUAUUGCUGGUGGCGAAUGUGAAAAUCAUUGUCAGUGCAAGGAAUUAGUUGAAGGGGAAAUUUGCUCUCAAUGCUUAAUAGGGUAUUUUGGUCUAAGAACUGACAAUCCUAAAGGAUGUGAAAAAUGUUGGUGUUCCGGUGUUGGCUUAUCUUGUUCUAGUGCAAACAUUACAACUUCAGUGAAAAAAACAUUAUAUGGUUGGAAAGUUACAGAUUUGUCUUGUAGCGUAUUUUCAAAUCCCAUUCUAGAUGCAGACGGUAAACAUUUAAUUUUUGGAAUGUAUGAUUUACCGAAUGUCGAAUCAGUAUACUGGUAUGCACCAGAAGAAUAUACGGGAAAUCACUUAACAAGUUAUGGAUCUAAAAUAGUUCUAGAAAUUUCCUGGGUAAUAAUUCGUGGCGACACAAGCGGCAAACCAACAUCUGGCCCAGACAUAAUUUUAAUGGGAAAAAAUGGUAUGAAAAUAGCUUAUGGCGAUGCAGAUUAUCAAUAUUCGGCUGCAGCUAUUCAAAUAGAAUUUAGAGAAAAAGGCUGGUAUCAUGUUCCAAAAAGUGUUAAGGAUAUAGUAACAAAAAUGAAACGUGCUGAAUACCAUGGUGGCGCCGUCUCAAGAUCACAAUUUAUGUCUGUACUAGCUAAUAUAGAAGCAAUUUUAAUACGUGGAACUUUCCACACAGAUCAAGUUGAAACAAUUUUAGAAAAUGUUUCAUUAUAUUCCGGGAAUUCAAAAGAAGAAGAUGAAUAUGAAAUUGAAAGUGGAAUUGCGAAUCAAGGUCUGAUUGAAAAUUGUGUUUGUCCACCUGGAUAUCGAGGACUUUCAUGCGAAAGUUGUGAUUUUGGAUAUAUGAAAGGUUAUGAAAGUUCUUCUCCUCAAGAUUAUAUUGAAAAGUGUAUAGAAUGUCCAUGUAAUGGGCAUGCAGAAACUUGUAACAUUAUAAAUGGAACUUGUGGAAUAUGCCAUCAUAAUACUUACGGUGAAAAAUGCGAAAGAUGUCAGGUUGGUUUCUAUGGUAAUCCGUUAAAAGGUACACCAAACGACUGUUCUCGCUGUGCAUGUCCAUUAUUAGAAAACAGUAAUAAUUUUUCACCAAGUUGUCAACUCAAAACUUUUAGUAUGGAUAUAAACCAAAGUAGAAAUGUGAACGAAAAUUCUGAAUUAGAUUAUGUUUGCACACAAUGUCCUAUAGGGUAUACUGGAGAUUUCUGUGAAAUGUGUGACGAUGGCUUUUAUGGUAAUCCAACAGUAUUGGGUUCAAAAUGUUUACCAUGUGAAUGUGACGGCGGUCCUUGUGAUAUAUUUACUGGCGAAUGCAUUGAGUGCAGAGGUAAUACGGAAGGAUGGCAUUGCGAAAGAUGUAAAUAUGGUUAUUGGGGUGAUCCCUCACAAGGAUGUAUUGCUUGUGAUUGUUUUAAGGAAGGUUCAACUUCAGAAGUAUGCGAUACUCAAACUGGAAAUUGUUUAUGUAAACCACAAUAUUCUGACCAAAAAUGUGAUAGUUGUGAAAUUGGUUAUUCAAAUUUUGAAUUAAAAUGUCAACCAUGUGACUGCAACAUAAAUGGGUCGCUUGGGGAAGCCUGCGAUAUUAUUACAGGUGCAUGUAAAUGUAAAACGGGUGUUGGUGGCCUUAAAUGCGAUGUUUGUGAAGACAAAUUCUUUGGAUUAUCAGAAGCAGGAUGCGAAGAAUGUCUGUGUAAUCCAGUUGGAUCGCUUACACAAAUAUGUGAUCGAAAAACUGGUCAAUGUUUAUGCCAUCCUAAUGUAACUGGAAAAAGAUGUGAACGUUGUGAAAAUGGAUUUUGGAAUUUGACAACUGGAAUUGGUUGCAGGGAUUGUAGCUGCAAUAAUAUUGGUUCAAUAGAUGAUGAAUGUGAUUUAUGGACUGGUCAAUGUAAUUGCAAAAAAGGGAUUGGCGGGAGACACUGUGACCAGUGUUUAGACGGAUUUUAUGGAUUUUCAAAUUUGGGAUGUAAACUGUGUGAUGUAUGCCAGACACCAGGUCAUAUUUGCGAUUCAGAAACAGGGCGAUGUGUUUGUCCACCGAAUAGUAAAGGCUAUGAUUGCUUACAAUGUCACCAAGGUACAUGGGGUUGGAAGUCGAAAAUUGGUUGUCAAAAAUGUAAUUGUGAUAUGAGUGGAUCUAUUGGACAAACUUGUGAAACACAAACUGGUCAAUGUAUAUGUCGUGAAGGCUACACUGGUAGAAGAUGUGAUGUUUGCCGUGUUGGUUAUUUCGGCUACCCAAAUUGCAGAAGAUGUAAUUGUAAUCCAGACGGAUCUCUAAUAAGGAAUGAUGGCAUUAUUGAAUGUGAUCAAGAUGGAAAAUGCUUUUGUAAAGAAUUUGUUGAAGGAUUGAAGUGCGAUAAAUGUGUUAAAUCAACUUUUGGACUAACAAAGACAAAUCCAACUGGUUGUACAAAAUGCUUUUGCUUUGGGAGAUCACAGUUUUGUCGACAAAGUGAAUUGUCAUGGGGUCAUAUAAGAAUGCCAAUUUCACGCAAUUUGAGUGUUCAUUACGUAAACCCUACUUCAGUACCAUCACGUGAUUAUGAAUAUAUUGUUGUGGUUUUAUUAGAAGGAACUCAUAUGUUUCAUGAAGACGCUGAAAUUGGUCAAAUGAAUGGUUUAAAUCUAAUUCCAAGCUCAGUAGGUAAUGUGACAAUUGGAGCUUAUACAUGGUUUUACCUACCACUAUAUUUUCAAUUACCUCCACAAUUUUAUGGAGACCGAACAAGUAGUUACGGAGGUUAUUUGAAAUUCAAUAUAACAACCGAAGGUGCAACAACUCCUUUAGAAAGAAAUAUUUUGCUAGAGUAUCCUUUGGUUCAAAUACACUCCCAUGGUAGACUUGUUUUGGAUUAUUAUAGUACCAAGUGGACUAAUACAGAAAAAAAUGAAACAUAUGUAAUUCCAUUGCAUGAGUCUUACUGGAAGUUUCAUCAUAACAGGCAAGAUAUAACACGAGCUGUAAUGAUGACUGCCUUACAAAAUAUUAAGCACAUUUUUAUAAGGGCUAGUUCUUAUGCUGAUUUUUUAAGUGUUGUAUUAUGUGAUGUUCAUAUGGAUUCUGCUAUAUAUCUGGCUGGUUCCAAAAAUAUUAUAGCAAACGGUAUUGAAUUGUGCUCCUGUUCACCUCAAUAUGGAGGAUAUUCUUGCCAAGAUCCGGGCAAGGGCUAUUACAGAUGGAGGAAUACGACAGAUUCCACUGAAAUUUUUUUUUUAGAAGAUUUAAUCGGGUGGUCUAUACCAUGUAAUUGUAAUGGAAGAAGUGACGAAUGUGAUCAGGAGACGGGUACAUGUUUGAAAUGUAAAAAUUUCACCGGUGGAGAUAAUUGUGAACGAUGCGCCGAGGGAUAUUAUGGAGAUCCUAAUUAUGGCCAAUGUGAACCAUGUCCGUGUCCUGAAACAAACCGAAACUUCGCACGUGGCUGUAACAUUUUUAUGGGAGAAGUAAGUUGUAUCUGCAAACCGGGUUACACAGGUGCACGUUGUGAUCGUUGUAGAAGCGGGUAUUAUGGUAAUCCCCACGAAUUGCAUGGCACCUGUAAACCAUGCGAUUGCAAUUUAAAUGGAGUUAUAACGGAUGAAUGUGAUUCGACUACUGGUCAGUGUGAUUGUCGUUUUGGUGUUUCAGGCCGACAGUGUGAUACUUGUACUUCAGAGAGGCAUUUUUUAUCUGAGAACAAGGAAUGUAAAACGUGUGACAAUUGCACUUUAAUCCUAUUGGAUUAUGUUGAGUCAGUAUCUAAUAAAUUACGCCGUGGAAUAGCUCAUAUGGAUUUAACUGGAAUACCAGCUCCGUGGUUAAAUUUACAAGAGUAUGAUACACAAAUGCAAAAUAUUAGAUCACAUUUAUAUAAUUUCUCAAAUGCCAAACACCAAAUUGAAACUUUUGAUGUCGCUUCCUUAGAAAAAUUGCUUUCUCAUUCAGAAAACACUAAAAUACGAUGGAGAAAAUUUAAUGUGACAGCAGCAAAAAAAAGUUUAGCAGCAAACCAGCAACGUUUAGACGCAAACCAAAUAUAUUUGGAAGCGAUUGGUGUUAUACGCGAUGAUAUUCUAAGAACAAUAUUUGAACUAAAUAAUUACGGAAAUCAUGAACAACACAUUAGUUUGCCUUCGGCAUUAGAACAAGCGCGUCAUUACUUAACCGAAAUUAAGUAUCAUCAAGAUACAACAAACACAAUGAGAGAAGCAUGGAGAUGUGCUUGGAAUGAUUACUAUUUUUAUGGUAAUGCAUCGGACACGGUUUUUGACCAAAAAGGUAUGCUUGAAAUGUUUUGGCGUAAAAUUAAUCAAUUUCAUCACCGCAUGGCUGAUCUUGGACGUUAUACGGAUAAAACAUUUGAUAUGCUGAAUGAAGCUGAUGACAUACGAAGUCAUGUUGUAAAUUUGCAAAAUUAUGUAUACGAGACCUAUGGGCAAGCGAAAGAAAUGACUGAUUACAUACAACAAUUGCUGGACAGUGAUUUGAUGCCAAGAGCAAAUGUUAUGAUUGACAUGGUCGAUGGAGGUGGAGAACAAAUUGAUGUAAAUAUAAAAAAUAUGGAAAACUUAAGAGGAAUGUGGAAUGAAAGUUGGAUAAACGAAAAUAAUUUACGUAGAGAUUUAAGAAAACAUUGGCUACCAAAAGCAUGGCGGCAUGCUAAACGUUUAAUGGAAAGAUCGAAUGACUAUGCUAAACAAUUUCAACCAACGAAAGAUGGUGCACGAGUGGCAAUGUUGGCAAGUUCCGCCCAUAAAAAUAUUUCUAAAGCUAUAGAUGCAGCUCGUUACGCGUCAAUAGAAUCUAAAGAAGCAGUAAUGAUAUCAUUAGAUAAACUAUAUCCCAAGGGUGAUAAAUCUGUUGUAGAAAAAGCUAAAACAUCUCUAGAACGAUCAAAACAGUUGAAUAAAGAUGCUAAGCAUGAAAUGAACAAAACUGAAGCUCUUAAAAUAAAAAUAAAAUAUCAUGAAGAUAAGGUUGAAACAAUAAAAUCUACAAUAUGGAACGCCGGUUACAAAUUGAACAACAUUUCUAUGUCAAUGGCAGUUAUAAAUGCAAAAGAAACCAUGAAUCCUGUGUGGGAAAGUAUUGAUGUGAUGACUACUGUUUCCGACGAAAUGCGAGAACAAAAGCGUAGAACUUCAGACAUUAAAUCGAAUAUUCAAAAUUUAAGGCAAAGAUUAACUGCUUUGGAGCCAGAGUGGGAUUCAAAAAUUAGUUUAGCAGAAGAAAAUAUAUCAGAAACAUUGAACAAUAUUCGUAGGGCAAAAAUUUCUUUAAAUGAAAUUGAAACAGUUCACCAUAAAGAACAUGAAAAGUUCGAAAUGUGGAAUGAAACAAUGUCUAGACAAUUGCAGGAAUUAAAAGAUAAAAUGGCAAAGGCAAGACACGCUGCUGAAGGAAUAAAGAUAUCCUUAGAGUCAUUAACUCCCAAAUGUGUACGUUCUUAUAUUCCUCAAACGCUUGGAUUGUCGACCUCGAAUAUAAUAAAAAUUUCAAUAGCUCUAAAUAACACCAAAGGUAACUCACCCUUAAUAUUUUUACAAGGACGCGAACGUAAAUUUAUAGCUUUGGAGAUGUUUCGAAGGAAAAUCCGCUUUCUUUGGAAUAUGGGUGGUGGUAUAGUUACUGUAACGCAUCCGACAGAAAUAGAAACUAGAGAUCCAAAAUAUGAUGAUGCUUGGUAUCAUAUCGAAGCUAACAGAACUUUAAAUUACGGUUCCUUACUGGUGCGACGCAUGACAAAUUCUGGUAUUCUGAAUGAUUCGUAUGCUGUAACUGGAAAUUCUCAUCCAGAAUACACUCGUUUCAUAAGAACCAAAUCAGACCGUAUUUGGCUUGGCGGUGUACCAAAAGAGUUAACGUACAAAGAUUUAUUAGCAUCACCAGGAUUAAAUGUCAUUGUUCAUCAAGUUUACGUCGAUUUUAAACCAAUAGGUAUUUGGAAUUUUGCACAUUCAGAAGGAAAGUGUGGUGGAGCCAUUUCAGGAGCUACUGAAACAGGAGCGACAUCAAAUGCACGUCAUUUCGAUGGGAAUGGAUAUUCUGUUAUGAACAACACAAGAUUUAGAUUGCAUCGCGACAACGUUUUUGAGUUGCAAUUAACUUUUAAAUCGAUGGAUGAAAACUCCCUGCUUUUCUUAGCGGUAGACGAUCAAACGAAUCGGACAAUUAGUGUAAAGUUGAAAGAAGGUAAGGUUGUAUUCGAAGUUCAGUAUGGGGAUGACAACAAAAUGUUAAUAACAUCGAAGGAAAAGCAUAACACUGGAAGAUGGACUAAAGUUGAAGCCGCCAGAGAAUUUAACCGUAAUAGAAGGGCUGAAAUGGGGAUUUUGAGAAUAGAUCAAAAGAAAAGUAUUAAAGGCUUUCCAGGAAUCCCUAUAGAAAGUAGUGAAAUUCCUGACGUUUCCACUGCUUCAUAUCAUAUUGGAGGAGUCCCGCCAGGCUUUUCUUUAGAAUUAAUCGAUUUAAGUGGCAGUAAACAUAAUUCCUUUUUAGGGUGUAUGAUGGACAUCAUAAUUAAUCGGGAUUCUUAUGAUCCACUUCAAGGAUCUGAGUAUUUUGGAAUUGAGUCAUCAUGCAAACCUACGAGCAACAAGGUUGGCUUUUAUGGAAACGGCUUUAUAGAACUACAGUCACAAUCAUUAAAAAAGAAAGCCAAUAUAGCAUUUGUUUUUCGAACUUUGCAACCGGAUUGUCUGCUUCUUUUAUCAGCUUAUCCUCCUAACUCAUCUCACAAAACGGACAAUGUCAAAGAGCCAAUGGGAAAUUAUUCAAUUAGUUUAGUCGAUGGUCGAGUGCACCUGUGGAUUAAUACAGGGCUAAGUUCAGUUAAACUGCAAUCUAAUACAACUUUAAAUGACGGUGAAUACCAUAUAAUAAAUGUAAUCAAAUUUGGCAGAAGAGUUGAGCUUAUGAUAGAUGAUGAAUUCCAUAAGUCAGAAAUUUUUUCUGCAACACCCACUAUAGUAAAUAUGCCAAAAGAAAGUGGCGGUUUAUAUAUUGGAGGGGCACCUGAUUUUAUUGAGUACAAAGGUCUUUCACCAACUUUAUUUGGAUUACAAGGUUCUUUAAAAGACUUGGUAUUCAACAAUAAAACUAUCAUUCUUGGAGAAGCCAUAUCUUUUAAAAAUGCACAAAUUGGCCGCACUGGUCCUGAAAUGGGGUCUUCAAAUACCAUGAAUGAUGUUUUGAUGAAAACGGAACCAAUUGAGAAAAUGCUUGGUUUCAUCCCUAGUACAGAAGAAAGUUGCGUUACAGUUGAUAAUUUUUCUUAUGAAGAAAACGCUUAUAAAUAUGGAGAUGCUCAAUUAAGUUAUUCCCAACUUUUUAUCUCAACUAAACAUUUCUGGCAAAAAAAUUUUCAAAUUACUUUUUAUUUGAGAACUUUUUAUCCAAACGGUGUGUUGUUACUGUCACCAGGUUCAAAAGAAAAGCAAAAGCAUUAUGUAAGCCUCUUACUCAAAGAUGGGCACUUAAAUUUGAUAGUGCGAGGUCGAAGGAAAGAGGAAAUACCAUUAACUGCAAAAUUAAAUAACGGUGAAUGGCAUAAAGUUACCGUAAAUUGUCUUGAUAGAAAAAUAACAAUGAGUGUCGAAAUUGGGGGAACUGAUCAAAAGACGUCUGUUCAGAUGAAAAUCCCAAAGAAAAUAAGCGCAGUUAACACAAUUUUUGUUGGCGGUUUGCCGGAAAAACCUGUUGGAUUACCAUCAGAACUAUUAGUUAAAAUUGAAGGGUUCAAGGGAUGCAUUCGCAAUUUGGAAAUUAAUAAUAAUACUCAGGAUUUAACCAAAGAUAAGAAACAUAUGAAUGUUGGAAAAUGUUUUAGAAAUGUCGAAAAAGGUUCACAUUUCAUUGGAAACGCUUAUGCUGUUUACAAAAAAAAUUUUCACGUUGGAAAAUACCUCGAAUUCGAGUUAGAUUUUAGAACAUCUGAAAUGAACGGUAUCCUAAUGAGUGUUUCAGAACCGGAUGGUUUCCCCGCCAUUUCUUUAGAAAUAUAUAACGGAAAUGUGGUUUUAUCAUGUGAUCUUGGCGAUGGAAAUCCUUUCCGUGUAGAAACUUAUUUGCCAUCAAAAUAUUCAAUUUGUGAUAAUAAAUGGCACAAUGUAUCAGCGUUAUACGAUUUUGAACAAAUAGCUUUACGUAUAGAUAAUCAACCGCCGACAGUUUCUGUAGCCCAACACCGUGUUUCCGGAAAAGUGCAAACGAAAUCACCCCUUUAUAUUGGUGGUUUACCAGACCAUGCACCAAGCGGAACACUUCUUAGUCGAGGGAGUUUCAAGGGUUGUAUACGUAAUAUCGCAAUAAGAAACGAACGAAAGGAUUGGAUCGAUAUGGACAGCCUACAUAAUAUUCAAUUAAGCGAAUGCUUAUCACUGUGAAUGUUUUAUGCUUUAGAAUAAAUUUAAGAAAUUUUAUAAGAAAAAAAUUUAAUUUAUAUCGGUUAUAUAAAUUGAUUUAUAUAAAAAUCGAAUAUAAAAAAAAAUUAAAACUGCCAUACGCUUAAUGUGAAUUAAAAUUAGUUAUAAAAAUCUAAAAAGUAAUUUUUGUAUAUUUAGAUAUAAAUUUUUUUAUGUAUAAAGUAAAGAAACGUAGGAAUUUUUAAGAGCUAUGUAAGUUAUUUUGUAAAACCAUUAAUGUUUAGAAAUAUUUAUUUAUAUAGAUGUACGUAAUUUGUGUUCUAGUUGUAUAUUAUUUUUCCAAUGAACUUUAAAAGUACUAACUUGAAAUUUCAUUAAUUUAUUCUUAAAUAUUGUAACUGUUGUGAAUUAUAAUUUUUUUUUAGAAACAAAGUGGAGUUCACUAAGCCUCAAGACUUCACUUCCAUACUGCAAAAAGAAAAAUGUCAAAAAGCGCAUUUUCUGAAUUAUUGCAAUUUUCUGAUUAAUUUAAAUAAUAUAUAGAAAUCGAAAUUUAUGGUUAAAAAAAAAAAUUUUUUUGGGAAAUCUAAAAACAAAAAUCCUUAAAAUUGAAAAUACAUUUGUAUAUACAUAUGUAUUAAUUUUAAGAUUGAUAUUAUUUAAACAUCUUAAUAUUUUUCAUUGUAUGUAUUUAUUAGUAGUUUUGUGUUUGAACUUUUUGGUAAGUCCUAAAAUACCAAACAAAGUAAUCUAAACUACUAUUCAAGUCAUAUUUAUUAUAUUUAGAUAUUUAUUCUAAAAGUACAUACGACAUAAUAUAAAACUAAUAUUUUCUUCAAUUAAGAAAAAUAGUGUU